CCGGCGCUGAGCUGCGGGCGGGCGCGGGCGGCGGGACCGCGGCCAGCGUGCGAGAGGCUCGGCGCUCGGGCGCCCGCCAUGGACGUGCUCCCGAUGUGCAGCAUCUUCCAGGAGCUCCAGAUCGUGCACGAGACCGGCUACUUCUCGGCGCUGCCGUCGCUGGAGGAGUACUGGCAACAGACCUGCCUGGAGUUGGAACGCUACCUCCAGAGCGAGCCCUGCUAUGUUUCAGCCUCAGAAAUCAAAUUUGACAGCCAGGAAGAUCUGUGGACCAAAAUCAUUCUGGCUCGGGAGAAAAAGGAGGACUCUGAACUGAAGAUUUCUUCUAGUCCUCCGGAGGAUGCUCUGAUCAGCCCGAGCUUUAGUUACAACUUAGAGACCAACAGCCUGAACUCAGAUGUGAGCAGCGAAUCCUCUGACAGCUCCGAGGAGCUUUCACCCCCUGCCAAGUUUGCCUCUGACCCCAUUGGCGAGGUUUUAGUCAAUUCGGGAAAUCUGAGCUCCUCGGUUACCUCCACGCCUCCGUCUUCUCCAGAACUGAGCAGGGAGCCUUCUCAACUGUGGGGCUGCGUGCCCGGGGAGCUGCCCUCACCGGGGAAGGUGCGCAGUGGGACUUCGGGGAAGCCGGGCGACAAGGGGAGCGGCGACGCCUCCCCUGAUGGCAGGAGGAGGGUGCACAGGUGCCACUUCAACGGCUGCAGAAAAGUUUACACCAAAAGCUCCCACUUGAAAGCGCAUCAGCGCACGCAUACAGGAGAAAAGCCUUACAGAUGCUCAUGGGAAGGGUGUGAGUGGCGUUUUGCAAGAAGUGAUGAGUUAACCAGACACUUCCGAAAGCACACCGGUGCCAAGCCUUUUAAAUGCUCCCACUGUGACAGGUGUUUCUCCAGGUCUGACCACCUGGCCCUGCACAUGAAGAGGCACCUCUGAGGGGACAGAGAGGUGAAUCCUGUGGGCUAAAAGGCUUCCAGGCUGCGAGACGGCCGUGGAAGGAGGGAUGCGUGUUCCAGCCAAAGCAUGCCAUUUUGCACCCUACCCAGCUGCCUCCAGGGCCUCUCCUUGGAAGGUCUUUUGAGGGCUGAACACGUCAUGUGAGAAGCGGCGUGGCACCCGUGGUGCGUGGUGUGUGGGUGACCCUGGACUCGCCACUGGUCCCUGACCUUCGAGUGGCUCCGAAGCCUUUGCCGUGAGCAUGCGCCCUGAGAAUGUCCGUGGUUGGGUUGGCUGAAUGUUGAGGAUCUAUUACUGACUGUAUGAUGAGGCAGACUUUUUUGCCCUUGUGGUAGCAAGACUGCAGGGGACAGAAAAAAAAGUAGUUUGAAUGUUUUGUGUGUGAGGAGUAUACCAUGAGAUGAGGUGACCACCAAUCAUUUCCUGGGGGGGUGUCUGCACCUUAGAAAAAACAAAAACCAACAAACAAAAAAAAAACAAAAAAAACAAAAAAAAAAAGGAGGAAAAACUUGCAGGGUGGGGGAGUGGGAACUCAGGACCCCAGCGUGGCGAGUGGUAUGGUUUGGGGGGCGGGUGCCGCCCCCUUUUCUGUGUGAGAGGAGCCUUUGGUUGUCUGGUGCAGCUACUAAACGUGCAAUGUGUCAAGUAGCUUGUUUUACUUGCUACAACAGAGCUCAUUUGUAACCCAUUGUAUAAGCUGUGUAUUUACAAAUAUAACACAAUGAUAACUUUUCCUUAUAAUACAAGAAGUCUUGCAUGGUCUGGGGAACUACGUGCUUUUCCAUUUUCGAGUCAGGACUGCAACUCUGAUUCCAGGUAACGGGCAGCCGCGAUACCGUUUGUCCGACGCGCUGCCCCGAGCCACCCAGGCCUGGCAACACGCGACGUUUUCCCCUUCGAUUUUGUAAACACUCCCCUUCCAGAAAGGCAUUGUGCAGCAUAGGGUUAUUUUUUAAAUGAUUCUGAAUUUGAAUUAACUUUUUGGAGAAUUUUGUGACGCCCUUUGAAGAAACGAGACACGUGCUCUGAGUGCCCAAAGCCGGGGCAGGGAAUUUGCCGGUCUGAUGUUACAUUAGAUGAAGAACCUAAAAUUUUUCUCGGUUGGGUGGAUACAACCACUAAUGCUUAGAAACUGUUUUCUCAUGCAGCUAUGUUUCUCUUAUUUAUGCCUUGAGGACUAAUUUCUGGUUUUCUAGCUGUUAAUGCACUGUUCAUCUUCAUAAUGGUGCCUUACGCAAGUGACCCCUGACUCGGGGUCUCACACAGGGGUGUGGGUGAUGCAUGCUUUAUUAAGGCUCUUUUGUCACCUGGCAUUGUACUGUAUCAGUGUAUAAUACAGUCAAAAAAAAAAAAUCUCCUUAAGGUCCUCCUUCACAAACAGUUGAAAACUCCCUUAUAAACAUGUCAGUAUUUGUUCGAUAUUUUAGACAACUUGACUGUCAGUGUUACAAUGGAAAACACAUGAUCAUGGAAAAAUCUGACCAAUUCUGCCACCUUGAGACUGUCAUGUAGACCUUGCACAACAAUUGUAUAGAUCACACACCGGCUGUAUUUAAUAUGUAAUAGUUUCACACAUAUUAAAGAUACAGAAGUAUAAGAAAAAACAAACCCAAUGUUAAUGUAUUUGCUUAAAAGGCACAAGUUUCACAUAUCUAUCUAGUUAUCUGUUGGUAAUACAGAAAGUAUACUACUUUUUUUUUAAAAAGUGGGCGGAAUUCUUGUGUGUGUAUAUUUGUGUGUAUAGUAUGUGUAUGUGUGUAUAUAUAUAUUAUAUAUAUAUAGAUAAUAUAUAAAUAUUUUUUUUAAGGAGAAACUAGAAUGUUUAGCUAGAAAAUUCCACAGCCUGUGAAGAAAUAUUUCAAAAUGGCCAUAAAGGAGGUGAAGAUGAAAACUAUAAUCUAACUUUUAUAGAGGCUUUAUCUUUAGUUUAGCGAUUUGCUGAAGACUUUCUCGGCCAUUCCACACUGCCAGGUUUGCCCCGCAUUUUUGGCAGCUGUGGAAUAGACCUGUGGCCACUGGGAAGUGGCCGGAACAGAAUCCUGGAAGCCCAGCUGGACUCGGACACACUAAGGUUUUGAUUUGAAUUUCAGCCUUAUUAGAAGAUCUAACCUAAGAGUAAGCUAAUCACAGGGAGUCUUUUUUAGAACACUUUUUAUGCAGAUGAAGCUAUUUUUUCCAGCAUGUAGAUUCUUCCAGUUUUUCCAAGGAGUAAUUUCCCCAAAUUGGCAUACCACAGCACGGACAGCUGAUCCUUCGCAGCUGCUGCCGUGUGGGUGCGGAUCUUUCUUUAUAUAUAUAUAUAUAUGCAUAUAUAUAUACACAUGUGAGUCUGCCGGGUUGGUAUUUUGUUUGAUCUUCCUGGAAAUGAGCAGUGAUGAAAGCUCACAUAACUGUUUUUUUUGUUUUUUGUUUUUCUUUUUUUUUUUUUAAAUCUGGGCUGAUGAAUACAUUUACCUAAAAAACUCAUUUCAUUUUGCUUAGGGGGAAAAUGCACUUUUCUUUUGGCAAUUCAGAAUCCAGGCACUUGAUUUGCUGCGUUUUGGAAAACUCCUUUUUUGGCCCUGCCGUGUGCUUAGCCAUAACAAUUCCAUUAAGCAAGAAGGUAAACAAAAGACAAAAAAAAAAAAAACUUGCACUGGCUUGCCUCACUUACGAAACACCCUCAGAGCUCUCUGGCUGGGUGAGGCCGCCUGCGAUUUUCACAACGCGCGAGUACACAGAGAAGUACAUUCUGUUCAGGUGAUGACUGAGCCUCAAUCAAGCAGAAACUUUUUGCUUGAAAUUUAAAAAAAAAAAAAAUUUCUAUUAGUGAAAUUUCUUUCUUUUUCUUUCUUUCUUCCUUUCUUUCUUUUUUUUGGAAGCACCCUGUUAUCUAAAGAAUCUUUGUAAGAUUUUUGUAAAAUUUUGUUUUACAAGAUUUUAUUUGAAAUUGUUUUUUGCAAGAUUGUUAUAUUUCUGUAUGAAUGUAUUUUUUAUUGGAAUAACAUAAAAGAAUUCUUAUCAGCA